AUGUAUUCUUUUUUCAUCUCAAGUUUUAAAUUUAGUUAUUGGUAUGUGAGUGAAUACAAAUCAAAUCAAUUAAUGUCGUUAAAAUCACCAGUUACCAACAAUUCAUCACAAAAUUGUUCUAUGUGUAAAAAUAUUCCAUCACAAGCAUCUUGUUGUGAAUGUUAUCAAAACUUUUGUUUAAAAUGUUUAAAAAAACAUCUAUCUGAAAAAUUACUUACAUUUGAUAAUAAAAUUCGAAAAUUACAAGAAAAUUUUGGUAAUUUAUAUACAGAUGAUAUGAUCGAAAACGAAAUGAAAGUAGCUGAACAACAAAUUGUAGAUUGGCAUCGAGAAAAUGUUAAUAAACUGAAUCGAAUUUUAGAUGACACAAAGCGUAAUAUUUAUCAAACUGGUAAAGAAAGUGAACUAAAAUUAAAAAAAUGGCAACAGGAAAAUACAUCAAAAUUGAACAAUAUUCGUGAAAAAC